AUGAAAUAUAUUUUAAUUGUGUUUUAACUUAUCGUUUUUAUAUGUUAUGUUUAGGCAUAAUGUGAUCCAAAUGCUAGUCAAGCGAAUGGCGGUGCUUGCCAAUGUAAUUAGGGAUAUUAUGGACAAGAUGCUUCUUCUAAUGGAAAAUGCAAUUAAUGCCCAACAGGAAGUACUAGUUAACAAGGAUAAGCUAAUAGUGAUGCUUCUUACUGUAAUUAAUGCUUGGUAAAUUAUUAUAUGGCAACUUAAGCAGUUUAGCCUACUAAUGGUAAUACUGCUGCUGCAGCAUCCUGCCUUCCUUGCCCACAAGGAACAGGAAAUCAAGCAGGUCCUACUGUUUAAGGUGAUGUAUCAUAAUGCACUAUUUGUCUAAUAAACUAUUAUAUGACAUAAGCUGCAGUACCAGCGAAUAAAGCUAAUUAAACUCCUGCAUCAGCUGCAACAUGCACUGCUUGUCCUACUGGUAGUGGAAAUAAAAGUGGACCUACUAUACCAGGUGACAUUUCUUAAUGCGAUUAUUGUUUAGAUAAUUAUUUUAUGACUUAAAAUGCUUAUGGUCCAAGCAAUCUAGCUAAUAACUAAUUUGCAUCUGCGGCUCAAUGCAGUGCCUGUCCUGCAAAUUCAUACAUCAAAUCAUCCAAUUAAAUAAGUUUCUGUAAGUGCUAUGAUAUAAAUGCUCUUCCUUUAACUCCUUCUAAUAUAUAAUGCACAUGUAAGAGAGGAUGGUAAGGAAAAGUUUCUGGUUCUAGCAGUGCCCCAUCUGGAUGCAGUUAAUGUCCUCCUGGUUAAUUUUCUAUGAAUGGAUUUCCAUGCAAACAAUGUGGACCUGGUUCAUACAUAAAUGAUGACCAGGGAAGUUGUACUUGUUAUGACACAAGUAAUGGAACGAAUCCUUGGAAUUUUUCAACUAAUGUCUGCUAAUGCUAAUUCAAUUUUUAUGGAGAUCCUAGCAAAGCUACAAAAAUUACUUCUGGAUCAUGCUCUCCUUGUCCAGAUGGUACAUCAUCUCCUAAUGGAUCUGUUGCUUCCAGUUAAUGCAAAUCGAAUUCAUCCGAUAAUUCAAAUUCAAAUUAAUAAGGCACAUAAAGCUCAACUAUUUUAUAUUUAUCUCUAAGUUUGUUCUCCUUGUUCAUAUUGCUUUGA